UCGCUCGUGAUAAAGAACGUGACGGCGCAGGACGCGGGCGUGUACAAGAUCCGGGCGAGGAACGAGCUCGGGGCCGACGAGACGCAAAUCGAGCUGGUGGUAAAAUCGGCGCCCAAGAUAACGCGCCGGCAAACCGACAUGUCGGUGGUAGCCGGCGAGAGCAUCCGCGCCGAGGUCCAGAUCCGGGGCUCGCCCACCCCCGAGGUCACCUUCUACAAGAACAACCAGCCCCUCCGCGACUCGGACCGCGUGACCAUAACCCGCGAGCCCGACGACCUCCACGUACUCACGAUCCGAGGGGCGCGCGCCGACGACGCGGCCUCCUACUCGGUAAACGCCCGCAACGAGAUAAACGAGACCUCGCAGUUCUGGGACGUGUCGGUCAAGUACCCGCCCCGCAUCUCCAAGGGCCUCGGGGAGCCCCGGCUCGUCGAGAUGGGCGACACCCUCACCCUGUACAUCGAGCUCGAGUCCGAGCUCCCGGCCACCGUGGUCUGGCUCAAGGGCGGACAAGUCGUGCGGGAGAGCGAGCGCGUGAGCUUCGCCUGCGAGGACGGCCAGAGCCCCGGGAGCAAGCGCUACUCGAUGCGGGUGGAGGGCCUAGUGGACACGGACACGGCCAGCUACGAGGUCGAGGCUUCGAACAGGGACGGCAAGUCGCGGGACCAGACGGGGGUCCAGGUGCGCUCGGCCCCGCUGUUCCGGCGCAAGCUCGAGGAGGUGGUGGUGGCCAAGGAGGGCGAGCAGGGGCUCGAGCUGCUGGUGGAGGUCGAGAGCUUCGCCAAGCCCGAGGUGGCGUGGUACUACAAGGGCUCGCAGAUCACCGAGGCCAAGAAGGAGUACGCGUGCACCGAGGGGACAGCCAACUCGUACAAGCUGACGAUCAAGAGCGCGAAGCCCGAGGUGGCGGGGGUGUACACGUGCAAGGCGCGGAACGAGGUUGGGGUGAGCGAGUGCUCGGCCAACGUGACCGUGCAUUACCGGCCAAAGUUGCUCAAGAAGCUCGCCGAUCAGAAGGUCAAGGAGGGGGAUACCCUGAAGCUGACGGUGCAGGUGUCGGCCCUGCCCGAGCCGGAGAUCAAGUGGUACAAGGACGGCCAGGAGGUGUCGGCGGACGCGAGGAUCAAGAUCACCCGGGACAGCCAGCGCCUCGAGAAUUACGACCUCACGGUCACGCUGCUCAAGUAUACUGACGGCGGUGUGUACGAGGUCAGGGCCCAGAAUGAGCUCGGCUUCGUCACCAGCAAGAGCAAGGUCAUCGUGCUCACCAAAUCUGAGGAGACUGUAGAAGAAAACGAGGGAAUGAGUAAAAAAGAGGUCGUCGAGAGUGUGAAAGUCGAAGAAGAAAAAUCCAAACAGGAAGACGUGUCGGAGGAGAAACAAAACGCAGAUCUGUCCGAGGCAGAAGCGUCACCAAUAAUCGCCAGCUCGACGCUGGAGGACCGCGACAUAUUCGCGACGCAGAGCACGAGCUACGAAAUAAGAGUGACAGGGCUGCCCAGACCCGAAGCCAAGUGGUUCAAGGACGGCAAUCCCCUGAAGAUAUCGAAGCGCGUGCAGUACUCGACUGUCGGCGAGGUCUUCCAAUUGUCCGUGAACAAGGCACUCGAGGAAGACACUGGCGUCUACAGCGUCGUAUUCACCAAUAAGCUGGGCGAAAAGUCACUCGAGGGUUUCCUGAACGUCGAGCCGGUGGACGAGCUCCGAAGACCGAAGCUCCUCGAGCCACUGAGCGAUGCCGACGUUGACGAAGGCAAAACUGCCGUCUUUAGGGCGGUUAUCGUCGGUGACCCCAUACCAGUAGCUACAUGGAAGUUGAAUGGCAAUGUCAUAGACACCGAGGACGACAGAUACAAGGCCACGGUCGAGAGUAAAGUCAUAGAAGAUUCGCUGAAGCAAUGCACGUACAAACUAGAGAUUAAAGGUUGCCAGCCCGAUGACGUGGGUAAUUACACGCUACAUGUGCAAAACGAAUACGGGGAGGCAUCGACUAACGCUGAUUUGAAUUUGCGCACCGCUCCGGUAUUUGAGGAGUUCAAGGACCUUCGGGCCCCUGUUGGCGAGGUCGUGGUAUGGGAGGCGGUGAUCAAGGCCAAUCCAAAACCCAAGGUCGUCUGGCAGCGUGAUGGCCGCGACGUAACCGAGGAUGCUGGUCGCCGUUUCAGCACCGAAGACGAAUACAAGCAGAAAAAAUACAGGCUGAAGAUCAAGGGGCUGGAAGUGUCGGAUGCCGGAAGCUACAAGAUUGUCGCGAGCAACGAGAUGGGCGAGGCCUCGGAGGAAGCCCAGCUGAAGCCAUUCACUCAGCCUCCGGUGUUCACGAAGGAGCUGAAGAAUUACGAGUCGGUGCGCGACCAGAACAACUACGAGGCGGAGGUCCGGCUGACGGGGUACCCGAGGCCCACGAUAGCCUGGCUGAAAAACGGCGAGGAGAUCCGCGAGGACAUGCGCAACACGAUGACGUCGAGCGCCGAGGGCGAGGAGCUCAGCGCCAAGUACACGAUCGAGCACUUUGGGGAGAGCGACGCGGGCAACUACAGCUGCGUGGCCACCAAUCUAGCGGGCACGGCGCGCUGCGAGACCGAGCUCUCGCUCACCCGAUUCCCGCCCAAGUUCUUCCGCAGCCUGCCGCCCUCGCUCGACCUCGAGCAAGGCGAGCCCCUCGAGCUAUUUGCCAAGUGCGACGGCAGUCCCAUACCCCUCGUGGCAUGGUACAAGGACGGGGAGAUGAUCGUGCCGAACGAGCGCCUCAAGCUCGACGUGCUCCCCGACGGCACGAUGCGGCUCUCUAUCGACUCGGUUCGGCCCAUCGACUCGGGGGCCUACAAGGUCGUCGCCUCGAAUUCAGCCGGCGUCAAUCCCUCGCAGUGCUCAGUCGCCGUCAAGCCCGAGGCGAAGGAGCCGUACUUCAAGAAGGGUCUGGAGGACGUGAAGGCGAAGGUGGGCGAGCCCUUGAAGCUCGAGGCGCAGAUCGUGGCGUUCCCGAACCCGCAGGUCCAGUGGCUGAAGGACAACAUGCCGCUGAGGCCCUCGAAGGAGAUAUACUUCAGCAACGAGCCCAACGGCCUGAUCGGCUUGUCGAUCGAUAGGCUGAGGCCCGAGGACGCGGGCACGUACUCGGUGCGCGCGUCCAACGCCCUGGGCGAGGUCACGGGCGAGGCGGUCGUCGAGGUCGAGGAGGCAGACUCCGAGCCGGCCUUCGAGGCCACCCUCCAGCCGACCACCGUCGUCGAGGGCUUCCCGGCCAAGCUCGAGGUUAAAUCCGUCGGGAAGCCGAAACCCCUUCUCAAGUGGACCCACAACGGCCAUGAGGUGGUGCCGGACGGAAAGCACGUGCGGAUCGAGGAUCAGCCGGACGGUAGCCAGGCGCUGUUGAUAGACAAGGCGGGCCCGGGAGACGCGGGUGAGUACGAGGUAGUGGCGAGCAACAGCCGGGGCGACAGGUCGAGCAGAGCAAAGCUGGAGGUGGCCAGCCGGCAGCGGGCGGGAGAGCCCGAGGAGCCGCCGCAGUUCUUGUCGCCGCUGCGCGACAUCAGCAUCGAGGAGGGCAAGCCCCUGUGCCUGCAGGCCCUCAUCUCCGGGAACCCCGUGCCCGAAGCCGUGUGGAGCUUGAACGGCCGGGCCCUCCAGCCCACAAACCGGCUGCGUCUCAGCUGCGACGGCCGCAAACUCGGGCUCGAGCUCAGCCCGAGCGAGGCCAACGACUCGGGUGACUACAUCUGCGAGCUGCGCAAUCCCCUGGGUAGUGACCGUAGCGGCGCCAACGUCAGCGUAAGGAAGACCGGCCAGCCGCCCGUCUUUGAGCAGCGGCUCGCCGAUCUGCAGCAGGAAAUGGGCCGCGAGGCCAAGUUAUUGGCGCGGGUACACGGAAUACCCCGGCCCGAGAUCAGCUGGUACUUCAACGACGCGCCCAUCCAAACGGAGACGCGCCCCGACAAGUACAAAAUACGCCGCGACGGCGAGAUCUGCUGCCUCUACGUGCACGACUGCAACUACGGCGACUGCGGUCGCUACAAGUGUCGGGCCGUCAACCGCGAGGGCACCGCCGAGUCCGAGGCCUCGCUCUCCGUCCUCAAGGAGCUGGAUAAGAAGCAAAAGAUGGAGCCGCCCUCGUUCCUGAAGCGUCUCGGCGAUUGCGAGGUGUACAAGGGAAUGACGGCCAAGUUCACGGCUUGCGUGACCGGCUGCCCGGAGCCCGAGUACGAGUGGUUCCGCGACGACACGAAGCUCUGGCCGACCGACAGAAUCCUCAUGGAGAACGAGGGCGCCGGCCUGCUCCGGCUCUCCAUCUACCACGUCGACGAGGACGACGCGGGCAAGUACUCGCUUCGCAUAUUCAACCCGUAUGGCGAGGACAGGUCGACCGGCGAGAUGAUAUUCGAGUCUAUAGAGCCGCGCAACAAGCGCCUGGUCGACCAGUACACCGAUCUCGACCGGUACAAGAAGAGCGGACUCCCUCUGCCCCUGGCCGAUCGCCCCAUCAUCAGCCGCAUGAUGGACCGGCACUUGACCCUCAGCUGGAAGCCGUCCAUACCAUCGGCGGGCCAGCCCCGCUUGCCCGUCACCUACCAGGUCGAGAUGCUCGAGCUGCCCGACGGCGACUGGUUCACCGCUCGCACGGGAGUACGGGGCUGCGUCUGCGACAUACGGAACCUGAUACCCUUCCGGGACUACAGGUUCCGUGUGCGCGUCGAGAACAAGUACGGGGUCAGCGAGCCCUCGCCCUACGCCCAGACCCACAGGGCCCGGCUCGAGCCCGAGCCACCCAAGUUCUACCCCUACCUACCCCCGGGCAUCGACUUUCGCCCCGAGAGCUCGCCCUACUUCCCCAAGGACUUUGACAUCGAGCGCCCACCCCACGACAACUACGCCCAAGCUCCGCGCUUCCUCCGCCAGGAGUACGACACCCAGUACGGCGUCAAGAACCAAAACUCGAAGCUGUUCUGGUUCGUGUACGGGUACCCGAAGCCGCGGAUGAGCUACUUCUUCGAGGGCGAGCCGAUCGAGAGCGGGGGCCGGUACGACUACACGUACACGCGGAACGGCCAGGCGACCCUCUUCAUCAACAAGAUGCUGGAGCGCGACGUGGGUGAGUACGAGGCAGUUGCGACGAACGAGCACGGGGAGGCUCGGCAAAAGGUGCGCCUCGAGAUAGCCGAGUACCCCACCUUCAUCCUUCGCCCCGAGGAGACCCACACCUUGGUCCGCAAGACCGUUAGGCUGGAGGCGCGCGUCGUCGGCGUGCCGCGCCCGGAGUUGAAGUGGUUCAAGGACUGGAAGCCCCUGGCCGCGUCGACCCGCGUGAAGAUGAGCUUCGUCAAGCCCGACUUUUGUAGUCUGGUGAUCGAGGACGUCAUCCAGAAGGACGAGGGCCUGUACUCGAUCUCGGCGAGCAACGUCGCGGGCUCGGCGUCGAGCUCAGCUAUGAUCCACGUCGGCGAGUCCGAGGCGGACUGGCGCUACAAGAACUACGCGCACAAGGAGGAGGUGGUCCCGCGCCAGCGGCGCCUCAGCGAGGACUACGAUCUCGGGGACGAGCUCGGCAGCGUCAAUAUGCAGCAAGUCUGCAGGGGCACCCAAGGUGUGGUCUACCACGCGGUCGAGCGCGCGACCGGCAAGAGCUUCGCGGCGAAACAGAUGCACGGCCAGGCCGAGCUCAAGAAUCUCAUGUACAACGAGCUCGACGCUAUGAACAACCUCAACCAUCGCAAGCUCCUGCGUAUACACGACGCGUACGAGGACACCGAGGACCCCUCUCUGUUGACUCUCAUCACCGAACUAGCUGCGGGUGGGGAGCUCGUCGACAACAUCACCAAGAAUCCCUACUACAGCGAAAGCGACGUCGCGCGCUACAUCCGCCAGCUGCUCGAGGGGCUUGAUUACAUGCACAAGUCUGGCUGGGCCCAUCUUGGCUUGACGCUCGGUGACCUGUUGAUCUCACACCCGGGCAGCGACGACCUCAAGAUCGGCGACUUUGGCCUGGCCAGGCGGAUCAUCCGCAACAAACUGAUGACGCUGAUGUACGGGAUGCCCGAGUUCGUGCCUCCGGAGGUGCCGAACGGCGAAGGCGUCGAUUACGGCACGGACAUGUGGAGCACCGGCAUCAUAUCGUACAUCCUCCUCUCGGGAAUCUCGCCCUUCCGCGGCGUCAACGACCGCGAGACCCUCACCAAGAUCAAGGAGGGCAAGUGGUCCUUCGACGAGGACCGCUGGCGCGGCAUAUCCGACGAAGCCAAGGACUUUAUCAGGCGGCUGCUCGAGUACCAGACCGAGCGGCGCAUGGACGCCGAGACGGCGCUCAAGCACCCGUGGCUGAAGCUGGCCGACUCGGGGGCCCCGGGCGACCACAAGAUAGCCUCCGAGCACCUGCGCAACUACUACAACCAGUACCGGGACUGGUACAAAAACGCGGCCUGUCGCACCUGGUACCGCAGACGCCGGCUGAGCGGGGCCUUUGAGCAUCCCUCGAAGAUGGUCUACCCACCGGGUCACCGUUACACCCCUGAGCCAAAUCCCGAGCGGCCGAGUCACAAAAAGUCGCCGCCCAGCAGCAGCUGGGAGAAACGCGUGCCUUCGCGGGAGCCGAUCGACACGGAGAUCGGCAUGAUCAAAUCGGAGAGCCACUACCAGAACGGUCCGGACACCUAUCUGCUGCAGCUGCGCGAUACCGAUUUCCCAGUACGACUACGCGAGUACAUGAAGGUCGCGCACAACCGAGGAACUGGCUUUUCGCGCGUCUUCUCCGACGACGCCUACGACUGGAGGACGCCCAUCAUCCGGGAGCGACGACGGUUCACGGACGUGAUGGACGAGGAGAUAGACGACGAGCGCAAGGCGAGGAUCAACCAGUACGGAACUGGGGCGGACGUGGCAACGAUGCGGCGAUUGCGCCACGAGCUGGGCACGCGCCUCGACAGUUACGCCGAGGUCGAGGCCUUCAUGCAAGAGAACAAGGGCAACACGGGCGGACAGCUGCCCUUCCUGCGCGAAAAGCCCCAGAGCCAGCCAAUCCGCGAAGGAGAGCCGGCCCAGAUGAGUUGCCUGGCAGUGGGUAAUCCAGCGCCGCUGGUGCAGUGGUUCCGCAACGAGAGCGUGGUCCUCGAGUCGGCCCGAGUGACCAUAACCGAGGACGCGGAGGGGCGCUCGGUGUUGAAGUUUAACCCGGCACGCGAGCACGACCAGGGACUGUACAAGGUGGUGGCGCGUAACAAGUUUGGCCAAACGGUGGCCAGAGCCCGGCUGGUGGCUGCUUGCACCCCCAGUGCUCCCGACUCCCCCGAGGUAGCCGACGCCUCCGACACCGAGAUCCUGCUGCGCUGGAAGCAACCGCGCCACGACGGCCAGGCACCCGUGCUCUGUUACAGCUUGCAGGCGCGCGAGGGCGACGCGGUCGAGUGGCAGGAGCUCGCCGACAACAUAGACCACGAGUUCUUCCUCGCCAGUGGGCUCAAGCCCAACACCAGCUACAACUUCCGGCUGGCGGCGCGCAACCGAGUCGGUUGGGGCGAGUUUGGCUGUCCGACGCGCCUCGAGGGAGUGCCCCCGGUCCAGCUGAGCCGGGCCCAGCGUCACUUGCAGCGGCUGACAGAGUCCGGCCGGCCCGUGCCCCUCGACGGGGGUCUCGGGCCGGGAGGCUCCGGACGGCCGGACUACGCGGCCGAGACGAACCCGCCCGACUGGCAGCGCGAGCCCGGCUUGCUCGGGGAACGCUACGGCUUCGUGUCCGAGGUGGCCCGGGGCCGGUUCAGCCUCGUGGCCAAGGGCAUCGAGCGCUCGACCGACCGGGUCGUCGUCGCCAAGAUCUUCGAGCGCCGGCCCGACACCGAGGCCCUCGUCCAGGCCGAGUUCGAGGCCCUCCGCUCCCUGCGCCACGAGCGCGUCUGCCAACUCGAGGCGGCCUACAUGCCCGAGGGCUCGCCCAUCGCCGUCCUCGUCCUCGAGAAGCUUCAGGGAGCGGACGUGCUUACUUACCUGGCCAGCCGCCACGAGUACAGCGAGAACUGCGUCGCCAACGUCGUCGGCCAGGUCCUCGACGCCCUGCAGUACCUACACUGGCGCGGCGUCUGUCACCUGGAUCUCCAGCCCGACAACGUCGUCAUGGCUUCGCUGCGCUCCGUCCAGGUGAAGCUCGUCGACUACGGCUCGGCGCGUCGGGUCUCCCGCCUCGGAAGCCCGUGGCCCGCCGAGGGGCCUCUUCCCGGCCACCCGGAGUACAUCGCCCCGGAGGUGCUGAACCGCGAGGCAGCCUAUCCCCAGUCGGACAUUUGGCAGCUGGGCGUCCUCACGUACGUGCUGCUGUCGGGGGUCUCGCCGUUCCGCGGUGACGACGCCAAAGAGACGGCCCAGAACAUUACGUUCGUGCGGUACCGCUUCGAGUACCUCUACAAGGAGCUCAGCCAGGAGGCGACGCGCUUCUUUAUGCUGCUGUUCAAGCGCGCGCCCAGCAAACGACCUACCGCGGAGGAGUGCCAGGAGCACCGCUGGCUCAUGCCCACGGACUACAUGAUCAAGAAGCGGGAGCGCUCGGUCUUCCUGGGCAACCGGCUCAAAGAGUACAACGAGGAGUACCACGAGCAAAGGCGCCAGUGCACCGUGGAACAUGGCAGACUCGGCGAGGCUUUUGGCUCGUCCCAGCGCGAGCUCGCCAGGUCGAACAGCAUACAGGACGAGCUGCUCACGACAUUCUGAGCGGACCGUGGCCUCCUCAUCCUCGAAGCUCACCGUCAUCUUCGUCCCUCCGAUCCAUCAUCUCCUUUCCUCAUACACAUUGCAGCUUCUUCUACUCUCACUUACACCGCACGCUACUACUUUUUUCCCCCUCGUUCAUCACUUCAUCAUCGUCAUCAUCGUCAUUCAUCAUCAUCGUCUCAACCCCUCAUUCAACUUAGUUCUUCGUUAUUUUACUGUAUUUAAUUAAUUAUUUUUAUGGUAUCGAGCGAUGUUCUGGUCGAUUAAGGGCAGGAACGAACAAUCGAAAGAAACAAAUGUACAUUUCUCGACGACGAAACAAAUAAAAAAAAAAAAAAAAAAAAAAAAAA